AUUACAAAUCACAACAUAAUGAACGUUGUAGUGACCAAGUCCUCGCCGGCGGUGGUCGCCGGCCCUUCGGACGCCGGCGUCGUCCUUCUCUCCUCUUUCGACAGGUGCAUGGGCCCUACUGCCGUCACGCUGCUCCUUGUCUUCGACCAACCGAUCGACGAGCCCGUCAAGACCAUCAAAAACGCCCUGUCGCAGGCGCUGGCGCACUAUCCCCCGAUGGCCGGCCGCCUCGCCGCCACCGGCGACGACGGGGAGCUCCACAUCGCGUGCACCGGCGAGGGCGUCUCUUUCGUGGGUGCGUCAGUUAGCUGUGCCCUGGACGACGAGGAGGUCACGAGAUCGGCGCUGCUCCACGGCGACCUCGCCGUCGGCUACCCCGCCGAAUACUGCAGCCUCAGCGACCCCUUGGUCCUGAUGCAGGUGACCGAGUUCUCCUGCGGCGGGUUCGCCGUCGGCGUGACGUGGAACCACGUCAUAGCCGACGCGGCGGGGAUGGCGCAGUUCCUGCAGGCCGUCGGCGAGCUCGCCUGGGGGAUGCCGGCGCCGGCCGUCGUCCCGGUCAGGUGUGAAAUCCAAGGCUCGCUGCCUCGCCUCCCGCAGCCGCUGGUGGCCGCCAUGAGGUCUCAUAUGCGCGUAGAAACUGAGGAAUUGGUGGCCCUGGACGUCACCAUCCCCUCGAGCUUGAUCAAGCGCAUAAAAUUCGAGUGUGGCGGCGACUGCACGGCGUUCGAAGCCGUCGCCGCGGUGCUCUGGCGGUGCCGCACCCGCGCGGUCAUCUCCGACGAUGACCCCAACGCCUCUGUGCCCCUCGCCUUCACGAGCAACGUGCGCGGUCUGGUCGGCUCCAAGGAAGGCUACUACGGUAACUGCAUCACCUUUCAGCAGGUCCAAGCGACAAGCACCACGGUGGCGAGCGGCGAAAUCAAGGACCUGGUGAGGCUCAUCAAGCUCGCCAAAGAGAAGGUACCAGACACGUUCCAAAAUGUCGGCGACGUCGGUGAGACCCGCGCAAGUGGUGGUAGAGAUCAGCAGCAGCUGGCGGUGGCGGCCCCGAGGUACAACGUGCUCGGAGUCUCGAGCUGGAGGAACCUAGGGUUCGAAGCCGUGGAUUUCGGGCGUGGGAGUCCGGCGCGCGUGAUGUGGAAGGCGCAUCAGACGGUGGGUUUCGUCUGCGUUGUGUGCCCGCCGUGCAAGGGGGAGGACGGCGUCAGCGUCGUGUCCCUCUGCGUCAAGCCGGAGCACGCCGACGCCUUCAUGGCAGAGCUGGCCACCCUCAACAUAUAAUGUGAAUGGAUAUGGCUAGGCCUCAGUCGACUUGUAAAUUUGCCGGUCGACACUAUACUCGAAUGUCGAAGUGUGUAUGAUGUUUGAUGUUUUAAAUAGCCGUGAAAGACUAAAGCAGCGCUAAAGGCCACUAGUUGAAACUCUGAUGAUACUCCCUCCGUCAGGGUUUCUCAGCCCCUCACACUUUUGGCGUAAAUUUUGACCAUAUAUAUAUCUAUGU